AUGGCGUCCGCGUUCUUGAUGAUCGCCGUAGUGCUGCUGACGGCGCAGUGGACCGUUCCGGUCGCCGAAGCGGCCGUUUCGCCGGCCCGCCGUCACGACAACAGCAGAAGGAUCCGGCCCGCGCGUCCGGCGGCCGACGAUCCCGAUCUCAGGAUUGCGGCGGAGGUGGCUUACGACGACGUUAACUACGACGACGAGUACGAGAACAACGGCGACUAUAACAAGAGCCCGAAGACUACGCCGCAGUCGGUCGACUCCGAACACUUUAGUAUUACGACAAUAUUAUUAUUAUUAUUAUUAUGCUAAUUGAUUGUAAAUUCGAUGGCCGGUCAGUGGCGUCGCGAGCGUAUUUCAAACCCUCGGCGAGUUAUUAAAAAACGACAACCCCCACUUCGUCCCCGUUCGCUUAUAAUUCCAGAGUUCGAUCGCUCAGCAUGUACAAGGAAACGGCGUUCAUCGCGCCACUGUCGCCGGCCACGACUAUAUUGCCUAGUGACUGAGACUUUUUUGGGAAAAACUCCGGGGAACAUUCUUCAAAUUGCGAAAGUAUAUUUUAUAAACAUUAUUCGACUUUUUGACUACACAUAAUGGCCCGGCGCUUUAAAAUAGCAACAACUUGAAAUAUAUAUAUAUUUACUUUUUCUACGUAAAAUGUAUGUACCUAAUAAUGUCUAACAUUAACUUAUUAUCUUAUCUAAAAACUAAAAUCAAAUAAAUUUAUCCGACGAAUAAUUGUGUGGUGAUUAACUAGAUGAUUGAAGGACCGGACAAAUUUCCGAAAACAAUUUUUCAAAAUGUUUAGUAUAUACGAGGGCUAAUCAAAAAGUAUCAAGACUGGUAGUACCAUUCGGAAAAGGAGCAUCGAAGAGCAGUAGGAUUGGUAUCACUUGCUUGUAUGACUUUUUCUGAGUACAUUGGUUUUUAUUGCUUCUCUAUAAAAUUCUUCGGUUUGAUUUCACUGAUAUUUUUGUAAAAUAUAUUUUUCGAGUUUGGCGGUUUUGUAAUAAACCCAAAAGAAGAGUAACUUGACAGAUUUGGAGAUUUUAGAAAAUUUGUCUGCAUUUUUUUCCAGUUUCAGAAGGAUGCAACAUUUCAUGGUUUUUUUUGCCAUUAAAUAUCAAUUGAAAAACUGAAAAUGUGCCCUCGAGUGGCAGCGAGUUCCGCUUCUUUUGGAUUCAUUACGAAAUCGCCAAACGUGAAUAACAAAUUUUAGAAAAAUAUCGUCAAAUCAAAACGAAGAAGUUUAUAGAGAUUUUAUACGAAUAGAUAUGCUCAGUAUAAGUCAUAGAAGUUAGGUUUACAAAUCGCUUUGCUCUUCAACGCUCGGUUUCCGAGUAAUAUUAUCAGUCUCGAUACUUUUUGAUUAGCCCUCGUAUAGUCUUCUAAAAUGAUACAAUUUGAAAUGUCACAUAAUAAUUUAAUUUUGGAGAAAGACGGGAAAGUAGAGAAAGUGGUUUUGAAGAACAUUUCCCGUGGGACAUCACUAUCCAUGAUUACAUCUGCCAUCGCAAACUCGAAGGACUAAAAUUUUGUAAAGAUGUAAAGUUUAUUUUUUAGCGCAAAUAUACAUUUAAAAUGUAUAUUUAGAAGACGGAUUUAUAUAUGGGUACACAUAAUUAUUAAUUUCUCAAUGGAUUUCAAAAAAAUCUAAAAAAUUACCUAAAACUAAAACAAUUAACUAAUGAUUUUUUGAAUAAGUAAACUUAACUUCGAAUUUUCAAAACUUAGUCUAUAUACCAUAGUACUUAUAGUAUAUAAUUAUGUAAUUUUUACUCGUAAAUAAGGUACAUUGUACAUUAUCGUUUGCCUAUAAUGUAUAUUUUCCUGUCUGAACUCGUUUUUGACUACCCGGAAGUGCCUACUUGUUACGAGUGUUGGAUAUCAUAUUGACAAUGUUUUUCUCUGUCAAGUGAUGUUAGAAAUAAAUCAAUUGAUGUUUUAUUGUACCAGUUUUUGACAAAAAGAUUAGAAUUCUUCCUUCAUCAACAUCAUCAGUGAUCAGAGCCGGAUUUACCUAAAAGGCACCCCUAGGUUAAUAAAAAACAAGAACUUCUUCUUAGAACAUAGACCUUCCCGUCCAAUUUAUUCGACAAUUUUAUAUGUCUAUAUACAAAUGUAUAAUGGAUUAAUUUAAAAGUAUUUUAUUUUAAAGUCAACUUAAAAAAAAUUACUCCACUUUACUCGAAUUAAACUAAUUACUCCUCUCCACUUUGUCCAAGCACUCGUAAUCCUUUAUUUCUCAUACUUAUGAAAGCCACCGUUCUUUGUACAAAAGAUCCUAGGUACUUAAAACUUUCAAUCUCGUAUGUAACUGCUUAUUGCCAUUAGCUGUCUUGUCCUGUUUCACUAAACUCAUACUUUGUUUUACUUCUACUUAUCCUUAGUCCCUUUCUUUCAAGUGCUACUCAAGCCUACUGUUAACUUAUUCUAAAUUUUCUUUUAUCAAAGCUAAAUCAUCUGCAAAAUAUCCUGCAUCACGAUAUUUCUUUUCACCCAUUGUCUCUACGCACUUCUAAGAUGGGACAAUCUGCAAUAAUUUUUUCAAGAACGCCUCAAACUAUUUGACAGGAUUUUACAUCGGUUGUUGACCUGAUUCAACCACAUUUGUCACCUCUUACUACAGGUAGAGGUACAGUUGGAAUAUUCUGAUCCUCUUCCACGAGGAGUGUGUUGUAAAUAUUAUAAAUACGUAAUCAUAUUAUCAUAUUAGGGAUAUAAUGUAAUGUAAAGUUUUAUCACCCAUUUACUAAUCGAAUGUUUGAAUGAUAUUUGGCUAAUUCCAGUCUAUUUUUAUAAUUUUAUAACAGCGAAAAAAUAAUUUACAAAAUUAAACAUUAUUUACUGUUUAACAGUUUUCUCUGGACCAAGAUUAAACUCGGCAAUUAUAGUCGUUUUACAGGUGAAUUAAAAUGAAAAAAGUUAGAUUGUACUUCAAUAUAAAUUUAAGCAAGUUUUUAUGGAAAGAGGGUGUUUUUAAGCUUUGAUUACCUCUACAGGCCCGUUCAGUGAACUUAUAAGAGGGAUGUAAUUUUGAAUAUGUAUUGCGUUAGUGGCAAGAAAGCAUUUUUUAUUAGUUUAAAUUCAAAACCCUUGUCCCAGUCAUUUUUAUGCUUUUUACUUUGUUAUCCUGUUAGUGAUAUUACACAAUAAUAAUAACAAAAUAAAAAUAAAAUUUUCAAUAAAAAUAUGAAAUUUAACUGUUUAUAAAUAUUGUGUUUUGUUUGUGAUUAUAAAUUAUAGAUUAAAUGGGUUAGCUUUGCAGUUUUUCCAUAGUGAAGUUGAGAUCUUAACAGAUGAGGUUUUCAAUUACCUAGUCGUGUAUAAAAAACAAAAACUUAAAUUUGUUAUUUUAAAUUAAUAAAACAAAAAAAGUAUCAAAAUAUGAAUAUUACUAUGUUCAUUGUUAUUAAAUCUCUACACGGGAGAAACUGAAGUCAAAAGCUAAACUCAAUUAUGAUGAAAGAUUAUUUUUGGAUGUGAUCAGAGCAUAUACAUAUUUUUGGGGGACUAUUAUUAGGUUUUCAGGUACUCUUCGGCUUAAUACUUAAUAUUUUGAAAGUCUAUGAUGUUUUAGGAAAAAUUUAGGCUCUAAAAAUAUUAUUUCCCUCCUAAAAAAAUCCUAUAUACGCCUCUGAUUAAGUUAUUAGGUUUAUAUUUUCAAAAAAUGUGUUUGCAUUACGUUAUCUAAACUUUAAUAAUUAUGAAUAUUACAUAAUUAUUGUUAUAACAUAAAAUAUAGCUAUAGGUACCUACCGGAAACUGUAUAUAAUAUAGGUAGAUAUUGUAAAAUACCGAUAUAAUAUAAUAUUAUGAUAUUUAUAAUAGUUAUAUAAAAUCAUUGAUUAUAUUGAACCCACAAUGUAUAUGGAAUUUUGGUAAAGAAUCAAAGUUCGCAUAUAACCGUGAAAUGCUAUGAUAAAAUUAAAGAACUAUAAAUAAUAUAUCUUAUACCUAUAGGUGUUCAACAAAAUUUUGUUAUAACUACUAAAUACGUGACGUAUUAUAAUUGUUUAUUUCAGAGAAAUAGCACUAUAAUAUUCACUGACACAGUCUUCACUAAUCGGCAAAAUAAUAGUAUAAUAUUACUAAUACCGUGAAAACUAUCAUUGGCGCAUCAUAUAGAACAGGGAUGGGCAACUUAAUGUUACUAGAGGGCCAAUUUUCAGAAUUUGAAAAUAUAGCGGGCCAGAGAACAUAGAAAGCAAAAAAAAAUGUCAAUAAAAUUUGAAAUUUACAAUCAACAUUUAUUUUUUAUAUCUGUGGUAUUUAAUAAUUAAUUUGAAAAUGUAGCAUAGGCCAGUGAAAAAUGGUAUACGCGAGCCGGAUACGACCCGCGGGCCACCAGUUGCCCAAUCCUGAUAUAGAACAAUCAUUAUGUUUAUAGUCCCUAAUCAUAACAUCGAUCUGAAAUUUGACACACCAUAAAUUUAUGGCAACACCAGCGCUUAGGGUAGUUGCCCCCUUUGCCUUUUCCUUAACACAAUCCUAAAAACUGCGCUUCUAUUACAGCUAUUAGAUUCUCAACGACGUUUACGUUAAAUUAUUGUUAGAGUAAAUGAUAUACACCAGUGGUUUUAAACUUUUUUGGGUUCACGGCUCUUCUGAUUUUGAAAUCCAAAUUAGUGACUCCCUUAUGAAUAAUGAUAAUAAUAAAAAUUAAAAUAGGUGAAUAAAUAUUUUAUCGUAUAUUACAAACUUUACUGUAUUUACUAUAGAUGUGAUACCUUUGAUACUAAACCACGACGCCCCUGACAGCCGCGACGCACAAGUUAAAAACUACUGAUAUAAACGAUCAAGAGUAGUCGAUUAUCAACCAAAACCUCGGUUUUAAAAUAAGAUAAACGAGAAAUAAUCAUAGAGAUCCAAAAUGCCGAUACAGUUUAACGUACAAUACGACCUCAUUUAUCUGCUAAUGUUCGAAUGUUUUUUAUUUUUCGUAUCUAAACAACUUUUCUACCAGAAAAUUGUCUCCUAUCGAAUAAUGCCAAAAUACCUUGUUGAUAAUAUUAUAGAUCUGGCUCUACAUAGGAGAAGUCAUUUUUUGGGUUUUUAUAUUCAUUUAAAAAAAAAAAACCGGAGAAAUAUUUACAGCACGCCACGACGUUACCGAUUUCAUUAUUAGAUCGGAGCGUAGUGAGGGAUCUAUUGGUUUUACUGUGAUGUAUGUUUUUUUUUCUGUCUCUAAAUAACUUUUUACCAGAAAUCCUGAUCCUUCGUAUACAGUGUAGUACCUUUUCUAAAAGGAAAUUUUCUCUGUUUGUGGUACAUUAGAAAUGCUAUCUUUUGAUUUUCCAAGAAGUUUUCAAAGUCAUUGACAAAAACCGAAAAGAAAACUAAUAAAGUAAAACUAGAAAAAGUAUUCGUGGUCUAAACAAUAGAUUUGAAUUUAAUACAUAAGUUUUUUUUCCAUGAACGUUUUAUGAUCAAAUUUUGACGAGAAUCAUAAAAAUUACGGCCACGACAUUUCAAAAUAUGUCUGACAGAAUAUUGCUUGUUUUUCUGUAGCAAUGGUUUAUUUGUUCGUGCAGGUGUAAAUCAAAUGACUUUAUGUGUCCUUCUAUCCAAACUUCUCACUUAAACAACGUCUGCACCCAUCCCCAAUAUCAAAUAUUUUUACGCUUUAUGUUUUCUACCAGAAAUAUUUCUCUAAUAAAACAACGAAAAUAGAUAAUUUUUUUGCAUUUUUAAUUUAGUUGGUGAGUGAGAUAAGCGUUUUCCGUUUUUCUGUAUAUUUUUAUUUAAUAAUUGAGCAAAACCAAAAAAACGUAGAAAGAACGGGAAUAUUUAGGAAAAUAAUGGUUUUAUUAUUUUUGAAUUUUAUAUUUUUGUUGUAAUUCGGUUAAAAAUAUUGGUAGAGAUUUGAAAUUUAGACAAUUUAAAGUCAUAUUUGCCUUUUCUAGACGUUGUACAAUUUUAAAAACAUUUGCGUCAUUUUUGAGCUAUAUAUAGAAAUUUUAAUUUUGUGAGUUUUUUAUGGAAUUUUUUAAUCGUUAUGUAAAUAAAAUCCACUCUGUGGAUAAAAUUGUUAGACCAAAUAGAAAUGCCUGAAAAUUUAACACGAGGUUUUAUAAUAAAUUCAUAGUCCAAAAAAAAAAAAAAUCUUGUGUAAUGUAGAAUUUUUUCAUAAGAAUUUUUACGAAAAUCGUAAAUACUAAGGACUUUUAAAACAUAUAUAACCGAAUUCCGCUCAGAUUUUCGUUAGUUACAUAAUUAUUGCGUACAUUAAAUUAUCCACUAUAUCCUACCUUCUCAACUUCUCAUCUACUACAGUGGCCUAUUUAUAGUGCAGAGACUUAUGUCCAUUUGUUUUAUUGUAUAGUUUUUAUUCGGUUAGGAUUAUUCAUUGCGACCUGAAAUUUUCACAGAAUACUUUAACCUAUUAACCUUAUUUAGAAGUGGUUCAAUUUUAAAAGUAUUUUUGAAUUUCUUAUAGGUGUUGUUUACAUUUUUGACAUAUUAAAUUUUUAAUGAAAUGUAUUAUAAGUCAUAUUUAUUUAAUAGUUCAAAAAAAAAUUCAAAAAAUACCUCUUUAAUCAGAUCUAAAACGUGCCAACUAGUUCCAUAAUUUAACAAAAAAGACGUUUUGUCAUUUUUCGAAUGUAGUUUCUUAUCUGUUUGAAAAGUUGUUUAUAGGCAUAAAAAAAACACAUCAUAGUAAAACCAAUAUAUUACUCGCUAUGCUCAGAAUCUAAAAUCUAUAUUAUUGUCACAAUAGUUGUUUUUUUUUGUUCAAGCAUUCGAAGCAAAUGAAGAAACUCUUAAAAAUUAUCAUCAUUUUGAAAAGGUGCCAUUUUUUUCGAUUUAUGUGUAUACAUUAGCAUACAAGUGUUAACUUCUGUAUAUUGUAUACAUUGAUCACUCAAUCACUUCUCAAAAUCUAAACUUAAAUUUAAUUCAGAAAUAAAUAUUUAACAGAGCAUCGUUUUGUUUUUGAAAACGUCGUAGUAUCAGCUGGUUUUUUGUAAAACCUAUUUCCAGAUUAAUAUUUUUAUUUUGUAUUAAUAACAUUGAACAUUGGUUUAGGGUACCCACUAUAAGUAUUAAAUUGUUAUUAAGCACUUACCAUUUAAAAUGGAAACUGUAUUGUUUUAUAGGUGAACCAACGGUUACGCCGCGAGACUAUUCAUCCCCACCUCCCCUGACACCGCCACCUAACGAAGAUUAUCCCACAGAAAUAUAUCGAACAAAGAAUAAUAUAGAUGCUUUAGGAGAACACAUUACUCGACAAAUCGACAAAGAAUUUGUAAGGUUUAAAGAAAUUCAAGAAGGACCUCCAAAGAUAUUAGAACAUACUACAGAAUUACCGGAAGAAUUUACAGAAAGCGCAGAACAACCUCAGGAAAGACCUGAGCAACCUCAGGAAAGACCAGAGCAACCCCAGGAAAGACCAGAAGAACCUAGAGGCAUAUUGAAAGAAGAAAAAUAUGCACAAAAGCCAGAUGAACCUCAAGAAAGACCAGACGACCCUCAAGAAAAGCCAGACAAUUCUCAAGAAAGACCAGACGAACCUCAAGAAAGAACAGACGAUGCUCAAGAAAAACCAGACGAACCUCAAGAAAAACCAGACAAUCCUCAAGAAAGACCAGACGAACCUCAAGAAAGAACAGACGAACCUCAAGAAAGAACAGAAGAUCAUCAAGAAAGAACAGACGAUACCCAAGAAAGGUCAGAAGAAUCUACACUGAUACCAGAGGAGUCCACUAAUACACCAGAAGAACCCCAAGAAAGAUCAGAAGAACCCACGGAAAAAUUAGAAGAACCAACAGAAAAUCCUGUUGAUCGCACUGAAGUACCUGAAGAAUCACAAAGAAUUGAUAUGACUGAUAGAUCGAAUCUAGAUUUACCAGCUUAUAAAGUAGGAUUCAAAGAGUCUAAUAAUUUGUUUGAUGAAGUUUCAUCCAAGAAAACAAAAAUUAAUAUUCUACCACGACCCGUAGACGAAUUUAUAACUGAACCACCUUAUUUCACAACUAUACCACCAAUUCAUAUUAGAUCUCGAUUAAAACCAUUACGAAAUAAAACUUUCGAAAAUAAAAGACAAGAAGAAACAAAAGAACCUGAUGUUUACAUAAACAACAGUUUUCAGGAUGUAUCAAGUAAGUUAUUGUAAUCGUACUCAAGAUAUAACGUUUAAAAUAUAAUACAUUUUAUUUAGAUACAAAAAUACCACCACCAUUUUAUGCAGUUCCAACUAUUCGGGUAAGUGUUUAAAAUUUUAAAACAAUAUUAUAUAGAUUAUAGAGUACGUUUUUUUAAGCAAUCAGAAAAAUAUAAAUGUAAAUACUAAGUCAAACAAUUUUUAAAAAUAUUAUAAAUAUAAUACAUUUGUGUACCAAUCUUUUAUGUAACGGAAAUUUCUUAUUUUUAAAAGACAAAAUGUUGAUUUUAAAGGUUUCUUUGAGUGGUUUAAAAUUUUUUUUUUACUUAAAGAAUUAGUACCUAUAUAUUAACUAAAAUUCUGUGUUGCAUAGCAACUCGAAGAUAGGUAGUCCACUUUUGCUUUUCGUUAUAAAUAAAGGUGUUUAUUUUUAUACAAGGUGAUUUUUUUAUCAUAAGCCAGCAAAUAUCUCUGAGUUAUUUAAGUUAAUUUUAUUUCUUUUCUUUCUAUUCAUUAUGAAAUCGUUUAUGCUUUAUUUUAAAAAAAUUUUAAAUUUUAACUUAAUUACUCUGAACUUAAUUACUCACUACCUUUGAAAAACCGAAGAGUGUUUUUACGCUCAUAGAAAAUCAGAUAGAUAACCUUCAGACAUUUCACAUGACGUAUUGCAAACUUCCCUAAUUAAUUGUAAGUAAAUACCUUUCAAGGGCCUAUAAAGGUAAACGUGACUGUAUUUACAACACAGGUAAAUAAAAUUUUUUUAUAGUUGUCUCACAUCAUUUGUUCUCCAAAUGACAAGCUGAGAGUUUUUUAUGGGCACGCAAAACGAAUAACUGACCUCUAAAAAUUGUGCAUUUCUUCAUAACUAUAAUUUUGUAUUUUUAUAUAUUAUCCAAGCUUAUGAACAAAGCGGAAAUAAUUCCGAUCAAAAAUUUGAUCACACAAGUUCCAGUUUCAUCAAGUUUGGGUCAAAGCUUUCUUUGAAAUAUACUCACUUCCUAUAUCAUUGCCCUUCCGCCACUGGUGGAAAAUCAAAGGGUAUCUUACGUGCGUAAAACCUGACGUCUAGACCAGUGUUUCUCAACCCGGGUGGCGUGACCCUUUUGGGAAUUGCCAACUAAUUAUUUAGGGUCGCCAAAAAUAUAAAAUAUUGGGUCGUCGUGUAUAAAACAUAAAUUUAAGGAUGACUAAAAAAUUAAAUAUUCAUUUAGAGGGCUAAUAAACGACAAUAAAAAGGUUGAGAAACAUUGCUCUAGACAAUUUAUACGACGAAUUCCCAAUCCUAACCAUACUGAUUAAAGUUUGACCUGCCUUUUAACUGCUGUAUAAUCUCGAUUCUUCACUCCUCCACCCCAGGACACUAUCCGAUCACUAUGCUGUAUCUUAUUUUAUGCAGUUUCGUUAGAUAUUGAUUUUAUAGCUAGAUAUUAGCUUAUAUAUAUUUUAUAUAUUAUUAAACAAGAGAACCGAGAAGAAAUAUGUAUUAUUUAUAUUAUAUAACCUUAUAGGGCGAACCAGGUCCACAAGGUGAACCAGGAAAGCCUGGACUAUUUGGUGAACGAGGUGUCCCAGGUUCACCGGGUAUCCCAGGUUUGUAAUUAAGUAUUACAAUAACAUAAAUAUCAUAAAUAAAUGAAAAAUGUGCAAUACCUAUUUUUACAAUUUAUAUUUCAUGUUAUAAUAGUAUAAUUUAUAUUGAAAACACUAAUUAGAAGUGAAAACAUUACAGGAAUGCCUGGAUCUCCAGGUCCUGUUCCAGACAUCAGUACUUAUUACCAGCAAUUAGCUCAAGUUCACGGAAGUCAAGAUAAAGGUCCAAUCAAUAGUGGUUAUCCGCCUGAGCCAUUUCACACCAUGCAAGCACAAGUUGGUCCGGUUGGACUAAGAGGACCUCCGGGUCCUCCUGGGCCCCCUGGUCCUCAAGGUUUUCAAGUAAUGUUUAUUCAUAAUUAAAAUUACAAAAUAUAUUAACGAUAAUACAGUACACUCUAAAAAUCUAAAAUAUAUGUUCAAUAAGUUGUUAAGAUAAUGAUGAAUUAAUUUACUAUAAGGGACCUCGUGGAGAAACUGGAGAUAGUGGUGCGCUGGGUUCUCCUGGUCCAAUUGGCCCAAGAGGAAUUCCUGGAUUACCAGGCAGGGACGUAAGUAUAAAUAAAACAUUUAAUAUUUUAUUAUAGUAUACAUAUGGGUUAAAAGUAAAAAUGAAUUUAAAAAUAUAGAGGGGGGCAGUGGUGGACUAUUGAUUUAAGGACUAAAAUUGAGAGUUCCCAGGAAGGUCAAAAACCUUCCUGAUAAGAGGUUACAGGUAGGUAUGACCUAAUAGGUAAAAUAUUAAUUUUAAGGUUUGAACUUACCUAGUAAUAAUAUAUUGUUCCAGUAGUUUUCAUAUUAUAUAUAUAAAUGUUGAUUUAGGGUGAACGAGGUCAUGAUGCAGAACCAGGACAGCCUGGGACUAUUGGUCCAGCUGGACCUAGAGGCUUACCAGGAAUGCCUGGUAUGCCAGGAAUGAAGGUAAUAAGUUUGAUAUAUUUAUACAUUUAACGUAUAAUUAUUAAAAAUAAAUAUAAAUAAUAAAUAAAUUAUUGUUUUUAUAUUGCAGGGUCAUUUAGGAUACCCUGGUGUAGAUGGAGCAAAAGGUGAACAAGGUAAUAAUAUAUUAACUAAUUAUAAACGCAUUACAUUAGAUAUUUUGUUUUUCCAUAACAUUUAUUUUUGAGAAAGUGUAUUUUUCCAGCAGUAUUUAUUUAUUUUUCCAUUUAAACUAGUUUACACGUAAAAAUAAAUUGAGGAAACAAUCUAUAUAAUGUACCUAAUAAAUAUACAUAUUUAAUAAGAGUACUUAUUUUAUUGUUUAUAUAUUAUAAUAUUCAUCAUACACAUAUAAAAAAAUAAAACUUACAGUUUUUCAAAAGUGACUUCUUCAGCUUACUAAGUCUAACAUUAAAAUAAUGUGCUAGGAAGGUCUAUAUAGUGGCUAUUUUUUUACUUUACGUAACGGUCACAUGUCAUGUAUUUGAGUUUGAAAUAGAAAGUAACGAUAACUAAAAAAUUCCAACACUAAAACUUAUUACAUUAUCUAUUUAGAGAAUUUUGAAUGUCUAUUGUUAUUUAAAAAUAAAAAGUCGGUAGUGAUUUAACCCCAAAAAUAAAAAUAGCAAAAAAACUGUUUGGAAAAUCAAAUUUUUAAGCGAUUUACAAAAAAACCAAAAUCGUAAAUAACCAAAAAUUAAUGCUGUACAGUUUCCUAAAAACGUAUUUCCUACGUUUCUUUUAAAUUUUUCUCAAUUUCAAUUAAAACUGGUAGGAACACCAAACAAUCAAACUAUAUUCAAAAUGCAAGGUCUCUUGUAAUUUUUGAAAAUAGAAAAACUAGAAAAAAUAAAUAGUUAAGAUAGAUAGACAGAUAGUAGACAAGUUAUUUAUAGAUACAAAAAAUAUGAUGCACAUAUCAUAGGAAAACCAAUAUAUCAUUCCUCGUACGCUGAGAAUCUAAAAAAAUGAAGUUUUUCUUACAUCUGCGGAACCUUGUUGCUAAUUUAGAAUAAAAAACGUAGGUGACAGGAUUUUUCGUAGUGUACAUUUGGGAUUCCGCAAAUUAUUUAUUAUAACUAUUAUACAUUUUUAAAAUUUAAUUUUCUUUUUUUUUUAUAGGAGCUGUUGGUGAAAAGGGAUCUAUAGGGUCUCCUGGUCAACCCGGGAUCACUGGUUCAGUAGUAAAUAUCUAUACUAAUCAUUUUUGAUUUAGUUAUUUAAUAUUAUAUUAUGUUUUUUAAAAAAUAUAUUACCUUUUUUAAAAUGUAUACAUGUAUGUAGAAAACUAUAUUUUUUACUUGUCACUCUAUCAAGAUAUACAGAGAGCGGCAAAAUACCCUCCGUAGUUUUAAAGGCGAAUAAAAAAAAGAAAAAUUUUAGUUAUACAUUUUUUAUUGGUUUUAUAUAUAUUUAUUGUGCAAUAUUGAAAAUUUUAAUUUAUGUAAUUUUAAAUAAAAUUUCAGCCAAGUGGUGCUCUUUAUUACUGAUAACCAAGCGAAAUAAAAAGUUUUGCAUAACUUUUUCAAGUAUUUCUUGAGGGAUACGAAGAAUUUCUGUAAUAAUUGCUUCUUUCAAAGCUUCUAGAUUCCUUGGACGAUAUUUAUAAAUCUGAGAUUUAAUAUAACCCCACAGAAAAAAAAAUCUGUCGGUGUUAAUUCGAAGAAUGCGCGAGCCAUGAAGUAGGUAUCGUCUAUUGGAAAUCAAGCGUCCCAAAAACAUUUCCCACAAAACCUGAAUUGAUGCUCGUGGUGUGUGAGCUGUGGCCCUCGUCCUGUUAAAACCAAAUAUUUUGUGUAUCGAUUUUUUCAAGCUCUCUAUGAGCUGGUGCAAACAAAAUCUGUACCGUACUGUCUACCGCUCAGAAUUGACGGUAAUUCCUCGAUUUUUUCAUCGAAAAAGUAAGAUCCAAUAAUCAGCUGUUCGAGCAGUUCGAAGUCAUCCACCUCCAUUUCUUAUAUCAGAUGCUGUUAUCUAUCUCUAAAGUUUUUCAACCAUAAAAUAAUUAGUUUUCGGUUUGGAAUUGCUUGACCAGGAAGAAUUUUAAACCGAGUACAGAACGCUACACACUCGUUUUUACGAAUAUAAAUUUCCACAACAAAUGCGCAUUGCUGAUUAGUCCACGAUAUUUGUAUAACUGAAACCGAUCGUAACAUAGAAUUCCCGUCAUAAAUAAACUUAAUUCCCACCAUUUUAUUAUUAUAAAUAACUGUAUAUUGUAUGUUGGUUACUGUAUGAUGAAACUAGAGGAGUUGUUUUGUCGCACUCUGUACGUACAAAUUAUGACAACCAAAAUAUUAAUUUUAAAAUGAAAGUUAAACAUAAGAUUAAAAGAGUUAGUUAGUAAUAAAAUAUUGACGUUUAGGUACUUGAAUUCUUCAUCAAUAUGGUUAUUUAUUUUUCACAAUACUUGUCAUUGAAAUGAGAAAUUUUAAUACCUGAUUAAUUUUUAAAAUUGUUUUUCAUUAAUUUCUGAAGUUGUAGGAUGUAACUUUAAUUUUUGCUCCCUAAUUUUUUAUGGUAGAAAAAAUACACAUCACUACAAAACAAUUAUAAACAUUUGUUGUUCAGUUCAGAAUUUAAAAAAAAUGUGUAAUUAUAUUAUGAAAUAAUUUAUUAACUUUUUUUUAGUUUUGAUCAUAAUAAUGUAGAAUUUUUGCGAAUAUAACCAGCAGUAAUUAUCCAUAAUAAUCGAUAGUAUUGAUUGAAGUUCAUUUAAAGGAAUAUUGAUAUAGGUAUUUUGUUAAUGUGUUAUAGGGUCCAAUUGGUCCACGGGGAGAAAGAGGUAGAGAAGGGCCACCCGGGCCACCAGGCAUUAGAGGUUUGUUUUAAAUAAUUUAUUAUAAUAUGGAGUGCUUUAAUCAUUUAUGGUAUUUUUAUUUAAAUAAUACUUUAAAAAAAAAACCUAUACGUAUUCGUAAACAAAUAAAACAAAAACACACAUUUCCAGUUUAACGACGGCAAUAUUUUGUUUAGUAUUCAUAAUCAGUAUUAACUAUAUUAUGUAGGUAGUAAUAUUUAUACUACUCGUAAAUACGGUACCUGUGCGAUAAUAAAAAAAUUUAAUUUUUCAUAUUCAAUUUAGGUGCUGAUGGUUUACUUGGUGCUAUUGGUGCUCCUGGAAGUAUUGGAAAACCUGGCCCACCGGGAUUUCCGGGAUCGGUAUGUAAUUGAAUUAAUUGAAUUAAUUUAAAAAAUAUGUAGGUAAUUGUUAAAUAUUAAAAUGCUACAUAACAGUAUUCAUUUUAAUUAUGUAACAGUUUCGUUUUAUUAAUUGUACCCAUUAUAAUAUGUUUAUAACCUAAUCGUAGGUCGGAGCAAAAGGUGAUCAAGGAUUACCAGGACCAAAAGUAUGUACCCAGUAUUGAUUAUACUAUCUACUUAUUACAAAUUAUGCUACUUGUACAAUUUAUAUUAAUAGUAGAUUAUUUAUUUUUGAUUUUUGUUAAAUGUUACUUGAAUAAAAUGCUCCUAAUAAUAACUUUAGGGCAGUUUUGGUUUACAAGGACCACGAGGAGAAUCUGGAAAGUCCGGUGAACCAGGUGACGCAGGUAUGUUUAGCUACAAUAAAUAAUAAAUUACUAUAUUAGUAUAUUAUCUUUUGUAUAAUAUUAAAUUAAAUAUUUAGGUAUACCAGGAACUCCUGGAAAAGAUGGUACUCCGGGUGAAAAAGGCAGUCCAGGUAUGGUUGUUAUGAUUAUAAUAAAUAUUGAAUUGUAUGCAUAGGUAAUAAUUUAUAAAUAUUUAUGUAUAAUGUGCAUAUUAUAUAGAUACCACUCAAUAUAUUUUAAAUCAAAUAUUUUAAUUUUACAUACAAUUUGUUGAAAUUUUAUUUUUAUGCUACACUUUAUUAGGUAGGUAGUUUUUUCAAUAUUAUAAUGCAACGCAAUGCAAUACUUAUUUGUUUGUAGACUAAAAAUGUAUGAUACCAAUUUGUUUCAAAUAAAAUAAAAAUCAAUUUUGAAACAUAAUUCAUAACCUUGUUAUUGAAAUUAAAUGUUUAAGGAGCAAGUGGCCCUAUUGGUCCAUCCGGUUUUCCAGGACCUCGAGGUGCUCCAGGAGAGCCAGGUAGUAUUGGACCACCUGGUAUAAAAGGAACUGAUGUAAGUUUAAUAAUUUUAUUUUAUAUAAUCAUAAUUCAAUUUUAUUUUUAAAUUUAUCUAAACUUUAAUUUCCUAAAAAGUACUAUGAUUUAUAAAAGAUUUAUUUUCAGGGAUUUAAUGGCGAAAGAGGUUAUAAAGGAGAAGCUGGAAUAAAGGGUGAAAUCGGUAAGAUUUAAGUAUGGAAAAUAUUAUUAUUAACCUAUAGGUAUCUAUGAUAUUCUUUAUUUAAAAAAUAUAUUUUUAAUUAAUAGUUAUUGUUCGGUAACUAAGUAAAAUCAAGUACCAACAGUGUAAUUAGAACAGUUAUGUAUUUUUAGGAACCCCUGGACCAAGAGGAUUACCCGGUAUGGAUGGGCCGGAAGGCAAACGGGGCAGAAAAGGUACGUUUUAUAGUUUCACACGCAGUACAGUGGCAGUCCAAGCACGUAUUUAGGAUCAAUUAUUUUGGGAGGGGAGGUUUUUAAAAUAUUUUACAUUUAUAAAUCUUUCAAUUAAUUAACUUUUGAAGUAGCUAGUCUAAAAAUAACAAAAUAUUUAUCUCUUAUUGUACUGUUUUUGUGAAUUUCCUGGAAUAUAAUAUAGAUACCUAGCCUAAUUAAUCAUGACGUUUUAACCGUUCCAUCUACUAAGCUUAAUAUGUUUUCUAUUUCUAAAAGUAAUUUGUGAAAUUCUAUAGUCACGAAUUGAAUGAAGAACUUGUACACAGUUAUUGAUAUAUCACAACAUUUAUAUAAAUGUAAAUUUAUGGUUUGUAGAGAUUUACAUAAAAGCUAUGUUAUAUAGUACCGUUAUAUUAUAUAUAUAGCAAACAUUUUUUCAAUAAUUUACAAACGACCAUGAGGUAAUAGUUUUUGAAAGUUGAAGUACAAGUUGCGAUGUUUUUAAAUUAUGAUGAUAUUCGAGUUCCCUCAAUGCUUUUUUUAUUGGUAAAUAUAGUUCUUUAAACCAUAAACAGCUGUCGUGGGAUUCAACUAAGUGGGUUUCACACUUUCUUAUAAGUGUUUAGUGACGUGUGCUUGUAUUUUAUGAACUUUUUAAGAAUUUCUGACCUUAUAAAAGAUUUUCAAAAGAAUGAAGUAAUGAAGUAACAAUUUCUCAUUAUUACUCAAUACUUCUGGAAAACUGACUGAACUCAUAACUGGCGAAUAAUAAUUAAAUUAUUUAUGAACCAAUUAAUUCCCACAAGAUUUCGAUAAAAUAUACAUUAGUAAUUUUCUACAAUUUAAGAUGUAACGUGUUAUGACUAUUGGGUAACUAGUAAAUGUAUAAAUACUUAAAAUAAACUGUAGCUUUACAAUUAUACAUAAAGUUUGUAGUUAGUCUGUUAUAUUAUAAAUAUAUAAGUACUUUAAAAAUUUCAGGGGGAGGGAGGAUUACCCCCGAGUAAUAGGCUUGAAGAAUAUAUUACAAAUACACGCCAUCAUAAAAAUAUUAUAAUAUUGCCAGUUAGGCAUCUACUUAAAUUGAAUAUUGAAUUAUCAAACUUAUUUAUAGUAAUAUCAUCUGAAAAUGUUUUGAAUUGCUUAUAUUGUUAAAAAUUAAUUUGUGUUAAAACAAAUAUACCAUAUAAAUUUAAAAAAUAUCUUUUGAUUUUAUUAAGGUUCUGAAGGACCUCGAGGACUCGCUGGGAUACAAGGAGAACGCGGUCUUCCAGGUAAUAAAAAAUACAUUAACAUCUAGUAUAUAUAUAAUUAUUAAUGUAUUCUCUAUUUCAAUAUAUUUAUUUUUUUUUUUUCAGGAGAACGUGGAUUACCUGGUCCAGAUGGAGUCCCGGGUACCAAAGGUAAUUUGCAUAAAAACUAAUCAUUAUUAUACAGUAUCAAUAAUCAUUAUUAUAAUAAAUUUGGAUAAUAUAGUGAAUAUUUAUUCUGCUAAUAUUAAAUGGUUAAAAUAUGUAAUUGAUUUUAGGAUCACCUGGCGAUCGAGGGUCAGAAGGACCUCCCGGUGCAAAAGGUAUAACUUAGAGCUGAGAGUUGUGUAAAUGAAUUACGUAAUAAUUUACUAAUAAUUGUAUAUAGGUGCUGUUGGUGAUACUGGAAGACCGGGAAUGCCAGGUAUAAAACUUAUUUUUGAAACCUAUUUUUAUAUACCUACCUAAACAUAUAAUAUGAAAAAAAAAAUAAAUAAUAUCUAAAUUAUGUAUUUUUAGGACUUCAAGGUUUGAGUGGACCUAUAGGAAAACCAGGACCUCCAGGGAAGUCUGGUCCGCCAGGUGAACGUGGUAUACCCGGAGCAGAUGGAAAGGUAAAACGUUUAAUAUAUAACUAAAAGUUUUAUAUUAUAGAGGAUUUUUGACUGGACCCAAGGGGAGAUUUGGGAACAAAUAUCACAUGUGUAGUGCUGAAACAUAUUUACCCUAAUAGUUUAAAUGAUACGCAGUUUAAGUUGUAAUUUAAAAAUGAUUGUUAUAGGUCGGUGAACCAGGACCACCCGGUUUUCAAGGUUUACCAGGACCUAUAGGCCCACCUGGUGACAAAGGUUUGACUGUAAGUACCUUAAUAGUAAUUUAAUAAACAUUUUUAAUUAGUUAUUUUAAACUAUUUAUCAAUAUUUCAAUGUAUUUAUCAGUACUAUACAUUAUGAUGUCAUAUUAAAUUAGGUACUUAAAAAAAUAACUUAUGUGAUUAUUGUUAUUAAAAUAGGGAGAAACAGGCGUAGCUGGUGAAGUCGGAUCCCCAGGAGCACCAGGUUAGUCAUUUAAGUGAAAUAAGUACAUUUUCAUUUGUUAUUUAUUUCUAUAUUUUUCUGAAAUAUAAUUUUACCUAGGAUUACUUAUUAAUUAGGAUGUAAGAUAUUAUAUCCCGUUAUUUUAAUAAAAAAAGCUAUUUUUAGUUUCAAUCUAUUAAGUAUGAUUGAUUAAAUAAAGCAAUACUUAAAUAAUUAACAAUUAAUAAUUUUGAUUAUUUUCUAUAGGUCCCAGAGGUGACCCAGGAAAAGAAGGCCCUCCUGGAAAUGCCGGUUUGUACCUAUUAUUUAAUAAUUUAAAAUGUGAAUUUCAUGAAAAUUUGACAGAAUGAAUUUAAUUUGUAUUAUUUUCAAGUUCAGAAUGAUUUCCAUUAGAUUCCGAGCGUAGCGAGGAAACUAUUAGUUUUACAAUGCUGUUUAUUUCUUCUUCAUUGUUCUUUGCUCUUUGUUCUAGUCAGUGGAUACAUUUUUUCCAAGUAGACUUACCCCUAUUUUUACAUAUAGAAACAUUUCUGAAAGUACAAAUUGUCUUUAGAAAGUCAUUUUUUUUAUUUUCGACGUCAUUUUUUAAAUAUAAGCACUUAAGUGGGGAAAAAAACGUAAGAAAACAUAUAAUUUCACGAUUUCAUUAUUUUAUUAAAACACAGACGACGUAUAACUGACUGGUAUUAAAAUACCAGAAAAAAUGAUUCAAUUGAAAAAUCACAAGAUUCCUUUUUUUGUCACAUUUUUUAUUUACUUUCUGACGGUAUCAUUACCAAAACUUUUGAGCCACUUGAAGAGGAAUUUUAAUUUUUGGGAGUUUUUUGCUGUAAUUCGGUUAUAAAUACACGUAGAGACUUGAAACUUGGUAAUAAUACUUAUAUUGGACUUAGCUAAACGUGGUAAAAUUUCCAAAAUCAUCAAACGACAUUUGUUUUUUAAUCAGUGCUUUGAAAUUAAAUUUAAAUGAAAAUUUCAAAAAUUAUGUACAGCCGAAUUGUGCUCGGAAUCGUUUUUUGUCAACCAAUGGUUUAUUGUUGCUAACAGGUAUAAAUGAAAUAACCUUAUGUAUCCUACCUUCCCAAAUUCUCACCUACAACGUUUGUCACUCCUAUCCCCAAUAUCAGCUCUUUUUUUAUAUUGACUUUUAAAUGUUAAUGUAUUUUCAAUAAUGGAUUUGUUAUGCCUAAUCUGUGAAUUUUUUGAUUCCGUGUGAUCGACAGAAAAAUUGUAAGUUUUGUGAAAUAAACAACGCCGUUGCUGAGUAUAUGAAAUCGGUGAAGUAACAAAAAAUGACUAUAUACUACUAAUAUAUAAUGGGAAAAAAUUGAAUUACAUAAAAAAAGUUGAACAAAAUUCGAAAUUAUUGUAGGUUAAGUCAGAUCUUCCGUGUUGUGGCAACUAGAAAUGAAACUUUAAACGCAUAUUCUCUUCAAGUGGUCCAAUUUUUAUUUUUUCGAAGAAUUUUCUUAAGGUACUUUCCUCACCAAUCCUAUUUCUAUAUCUGAUAAAAGAAAAAAAAUCACCUAAUACGGAGUCACCUUAAAAGCUUCGUGGUAGGUGGUGUUAAUAUCCCAUUAUAUGAAGGCGAGACACUAAUAAAAUUGUUUUAUCAAACAGAAAUGUUUGACUAUUUAACAGGAGGUUCAUUAUAAGCUGUACCUAGUGGUAAAAAUUAAAAUCAAAAAAUGGAGUGUAAUUAUUUUAUAUAAGUGUUUUGAGUUCAAAUUUUGACGAAAAUCGUAAAUAUUAUGGUACUUCAAAACAUAUAUAAUCGAACUUCGCUCAGAAUCGAUUUUCAUUCGCAACAGUUUAUCGCUGCUUACAAAUAUAAAUUAAAUAAUUUUAUGUAUCCAACAUUCCAAACUUUCCUCCUACAACAGUGGCGCAAUCAUCAACAAUAUCAGCUUUUUAUUUUAUUUCUCCGCACACCUAUCGUGAUUGGAAAUGCAUUUUUUCAUUGGAGCAGUGCAACUAGUGGAUUGAGUAAUUCUUGUCAUUUAGUACUCAUUAACAUGAUUUGUAUUUAGUUGUAUGUGCAAUCAAUGGGUAUUAAUUUAUUAUUAUAUGUGUUAUAAUAAGUUAUUAGGCAUAGGCGACUGCAUAUAACUAUUACAAUAUCGUUGAAUGUUUUUCUGAAAUCGUGUAUUUGGUAGACAAAAAGAUGCCUGAUUCAUGAAAUCGGAUAAAAUUUCUGGUGAUUCCUUUAAAUUGGUAGACAACUUACCGAUUCACUAAUUCGGCAACGACGUUGCUUAUUUCAUAAAAAGACAACUAAUCAUAAAUUCGAUGUAACAUAUAUGAUUGAAUUUGCUUUGACAAAUUAUUUGACAAAACCAACAUUUGAUUAUUGAAGGUAUACCCGGUAAACCGGGAUUAGAUGGUGAACGAGGAGCCGUCGGUCAACCAGGAUCUACUGGUUCCCAAGUAAGUACUUAAAAACAAAAAAAAUGUAUAUUCUUCUAGAACAUUGAUUAUUAAAAUUGUCUAUUCCAUUCAAUCUAGGGUGUACCAGGAGUGCCUGGAAAUCCAGGUCAACCUGGUAAAGAUGGUGAACAAGGUACAUAAUUUAAUACACAGUUUUAAAUAAAGUUUAAUAGUUAAUAAUGUAAUAAAUAAAUUCAGGUCAGCAAGGACCCGUAGGAAAACCUGGCGAACCAGGAGCUCGGGGUGAACGUGGAUUUCCCGGUUAGUAUACAUAAUAUUUAUAGUAGGUGUUAUAAAUUAAUAUAGAAAUAGUUAUUAUAUCGUUAUAACUAAAUAUUUUAUUGAGUAAUAUAAAUAUUUAGGUGAAAGAGGGCCUAUUGGACAUCCAGGACUACAGGGUGCUAAAGGUGAACCAGGUGUAUCAGGUCCCGAAGGCUCAAUUGUAAGAAUUUGAUUUGUAUAGAUUAAAAUUAAAGUACAAGCAUGUCAAAUAAAUUAAAUUUUUAAAUAUCUAUCUUCAUGUUUUUAGGGACCUCAAGGAAUUAAAGGUGAUAAAGGACAUUCAGGAUCACCAGGAUUAAUGGUACAUUUUGAUUAAUUUUAAUACAUUUUAUACUUAGAUGUAAUAAAAUAAUAAUACAAAGAACUAUUUAGGGUUUGCCGGGUACAAGAGGUGAACAUGGCCUUCAAGGUUUAAAAGGAGAACGAGGUACCUAUAUCAAUUAUUAACAAUUUGUGUAGUUUAAAAUAUUGGAUACAUUUUUAGAUUAAAUAAAAAGGAUUUAACCUUUAACUACAUCUUAGAUCAACUUAACCUUUUUAAAAUUCUAUUAAUUAUUUAACUAGAUUAAAUAACACUAUAUUAGUAUUUAUUAUUCAAAAAUAAAUCGCUAUACACAAAUAUCAUAAACUUGACUAUCUAUUGUGAACAUUUUAUUAUUUUAGGUUUUACUGGAGCGCAAGGUCCUUCAGGAUCACCAGGUAAUUUAUAUUAAUUCAUAUUAACGAUAACUCACAUCUUUUAUAAAAUUAUAAUGAAUGACACUAGAUUAAUAAAAUAUAUUUAAUAAUUGUAUACAUAAGUUAAUAGAUAGUAAAACUUCAAUUGGGAAAAAUAGCAUACUUAAUGUAUACAUUUAUAAUUAUUUUUAUAAUAUUUCAAAUAUAGUAAAAUAUACAAUUUAAUAACUGAAGGUCCUGCUGGAGAGCGAGGUCCGCAAGGUUUUUUGGGUCCGAUUGGUCCACCAGGAGAACCAGCUGAACGAGGGGAACCAGGUUCUAAAGGACCUCCAGGAGAGCCUGGUGCACCAGGUUAGUAAAAGAUUGGUUAAAAUAUAUAUCUGAGUGCCAUAAUUAUAUAUGAAAAUAUCGAUAUUUUUAUACCGUUGAUUUUUUCCAGGCACACCUGGUGAACGAGGAUCAUUUGGACCUCAAGGAGUUCAAGGUUUUCCUGGGUCAAUAGGCCCAGUAGGUAAGAUAUAUACAAAUAAAUGUUCAAUAAAUAAAAUUAUUGUUUUUAGUUUUGAUGCACUAAAUAAAUAAUCUUUUAAUAUACUAGGUAUGCCAGGACUUAAAGGUGAUAGAGGAGAUGCAGGUUAGUAAUCUAAUUCAAAUCAGAGUUCCAAAAUUAUAUUAUAAUUUCAUAAUAAACACUAAACAGAAAUGAAUUAUUGUUGUAUUCAGGAAUUAAAGGGGAUCAAGGAAAUCCUGGACCAAUUGGAAAAAUGGGUGAAUCUGGUCUUCCCGGUGCCAUAGGAAUAAUGGGUCCAAAAGGUUAUUUUAUGAGUAUUUUUAAUUUUAAAAUAUUGGGGAUCUAUUUUAUAGCAACAAUUUAUUUUUACAUUAUAUUUUUAAGUGUAUUUAUCAUAACAAAGUAUAAAAAUAAAUAAAUAACUUUAAAAGUACCAAACACUCAAAAUAGUUAAAAUAUUUUAGGAAGUCGUGGAGAUCAAGGUAUAAAAGGUGAUAUGGGAUUAAUGGGAAUACCGGGUAGGUCUGGAGAGCAAGGACCUUUGGUAAAUAUAAUAAUUGUGUUAUAUAUUUAUCUAAUAUUGAAUACUAUCAUAGUAAUAAUUACUUUAUAGGGGCAUCCUGGACCAAAUGGACCUCCCGGACCACCAGGUACAUAUAUACCAGCUAAGUUAAACUAAUAAAAUUGAUUAAAUCUUCAUAUGUACAAAUAAUAUAUACAUAUAUAUUUGAAAUAGGUUUGGUAGGAUCUAAAGGAUGGCAAGGCGAACCAGGAAAACAGGGUAUGCCAGGAAAUGUUGGAGCACCGGGAUUACGCGGAUUAGAUGGUGAGUAUAAUAUUGGCUUAAAAAGUUUAUCAACAAUAAAGGCAUAGUAUCCUAAGUAUUCUUUUUACUUUAAAAGUGAGUGUUCUGGUUUACUGUUUAUAAAUUCAUAAAUUCCAGGUCCUAAAGGCGAAACAGGAGCUGACGGAGCACCUGGGCCAGCAGGGCCGAUUGGGCCUCAAGGAGCAGUAGGAGAAAGGUAUCAAAAUAUAUGUAAAUUUUGAUCCGAUAUUGUAUUUAUUUAUAUUUUACCCCAUCAAUGAUGACAAAUAUCGUUGUCAACAUUGUUGUGGCAGUAUUAUGCAAAGAUAACUAAAAGAGUAUAAAGAUAAUGUAUAAUUUUUUAUGAAUUUUUAUUAUUGAAAAUAACGAUAAAUAUACUAAUUUUUUAUCAUUUACGAUGUAUAUGAUUUGAACUUAAUAAGGAAUCUUUGAAUUUCGGAAUAUUUUAAAAUAAAUAUUAUUUUAGGGGCUUAACAGGUGUUCCAGGUAGUCAAGGACCAAUGGGAAUGAGAGGAGCUCAAGGACUACCAGUAAGUUAAAUAAACAAAUCGAUAAAUAUAUAACCACUUAGUAAUAUUAACAAUGUAUAUCCCUCUAAUUAUUUAAAUACCUAAUUAUUUCACGUUUUGAAUUGUAUGAUUUACUUUUAAUAAAAACAAUGUGUGUAUCAAAUACACACACUUUAAGAAGUUAAAUAACCCAUGCCCUUUUCACUAAAAUGGUAAUUUAUAUUUACUAAAUGAAUUAAGUAAAUGUUUAUUUUAAUAAAUGUUCAGGGUGAAAAAGGAUCGUCAGGAAAGCCAGGUUCAGAUGGUACACAGGUAAAAAUUGAAAUUUACGUCAUUAAAAAUAAUUACUUAACUCACGAUAACUAACUAUUCCAUAAUUUAGGGAGUUCAAGGUUUAUCCGGUCCUCCGGGUUCUCCAGGACCUCAAGGUUAGUAAAAAUAUAAAAUGUAUAAUAUCUAGUCUAUUUCAAAUUGUAAGGCAAAAUGUAAUGAACGUUUUCUUAAAUAUUUAACAUAGGUGAACGAGGUCAAGAUGGGGCUACUGGUUUACCUGGACCUCCAGGAAUUAGUGGACGGCCAGGAGACAAAGGUUUUUUUUAUAAUCAAAAUACUAAUAUCAAGUUCAAUAUUUAUAAUUUAAUAUUUGAAUCACUCAAUAUUAUUUGUUCUAUACGAUUAUAGGUCCACCAGGUUCAACUGGCAAUAUGGGUAAUCCUGGUCCGCCUGGUAUGAUAGUAAGUUUUACACUUUAAUUAAAAAAUAUAUAAUAUAUUACUUUGAUUACAUACUUAUUUACUUAUUUAAAUUUAGGGCCCUCAAGGUUUACCUGGUCCUACAGGACUAUCAGGCGAACGAGGUCUACGAGGUGAAACUGGUCCACAAGGUGUAGAAGGGCCUCCUGUAAGUUAAUAAAGUUAUUUAUUGUGGUUUCUUCAAUUAAUUUCUUACAAGCUUCAAUUUUAGGGGCAAAGAGGUAAAUUAGGACCUCCAGGAAUACAAGGACCAAAGGGAGAUCGGGGUAAUGUAGGCCCCGAAGGAAUGAAAGGUCAUGUAACAUUUAUUACUAAUAAAAUAUAAAAAUACAAUUUGCAUGUACCAUUUAUCUAUUAAUUUGUUAGUUAUAAAUUAUAAUUUUCAUUUUUAAUUAAAAAUCUAUUAAAUAGUUAUACUAAAUAGACAACUUUUAUAGGGCAUAGAGGCUUAAUGGGCUUACAAGGACUUCCAGGAGCUCCAGGAGCAGAUGGUCAUAAAGGUAAGAUUAGAAAAUUAAAACUGGUGUUUUAUGGUAUGUUAUUAGAAAUAACAUUAAAUAACUAAUUUAUUAUUUAUUUAGGUGACAUUGGAUAUCCUGGACCUCCUGGGCCACCCGGUGAACCAGGAUCAAAAGGUAUUACUAGUCGUAAUUUUUUUAAAAAUUAAUACCUAUUAUAGUUGAGAGAAAUUUGUUAAAUAUCUACGUUAUCAUUAUUAGGAAUACCUGGACAAGAUGGCAACUCUGGUUUACCAGGUGCAAUGGGACCACCAGGAUCUCGAGGUUAGUAUUAAUUCAGCGGCGACUCGUGCUAUGGUGCAUAGAAGCAUAUAAAAGUACCCAUCAAAUUUGUAUAAAAAUAGAUACAGACGUCGGACUCAGUAGCGUGUUGGCCGUGAUUUUGAGGGGCAAUUGUCCGAUAAUUUUAAGUGGUGGGUGGGUGGGUGCCUGGUGGUUGAGUACUGGAGUCUGUGGAGAAAUUGUAGUAUAAGAUUAACUUCAUCAGAAUAUGUCAUAUGAUACUAAAUAAGAAUAAUAAAAUUAAUAAUAAGUAUUCUAGGAAAAGCCAUCAGCCCAGAAUACUGUAAAAAACAACAAGGGGUGGUGGUAGGUCAUUAAAAAAAAAUGAAUUGCCCGAUAAAAUAUUUCACUUCGCCACGCCACUGGUCGGACUUAUUCAUAUUUCACACGAUAAGUAGGUCACUGUUGUAGGUGAGAAUUUGAGAAGGUAAGAUAUAGAAGAUACUUUAAUGUAUAUGUGUACACAAAAAUAAAUCGUUGCUAACAAAACACAAUUCUGAGUGGAGUUCGAUUACACAUGUUUUGAAAUGCUGUAAUAUUUACGAUAUAAAAAUAAUAAAUGUCGUACAUUUUCCUGUUUUUCCUACGUUAUUUUUUAUUUAUUAUAAAAACCCCUAGGAAACAAAAAAAAUUACCUCCUUAAAGUACCAUCCCAGUCAAAUUUACUUUCAGAAAAAGUUCUAAAAUUGAAAAUUGAAACAAAAUUUCUGUUAGAAAAGUUGUUUACAGAAAUAAAAAAAAAUAUAAUAAAAAACAUUAUUGUUUUUAUUUUUUUUUUUGAAAUUUUGUUGUUCUAUAGUCCCCCCUUUUUAUUUUUCCAAUUCGAACUCUAGGGGAGGAGAAGGGAAAAAAUAAAGUUAUGCUUAUUGCUGAUGUAAAAAUAAAACAUAAUUUUAUUUAAAUGAUUAAACUUCCAGCUAUAACUUCUUUCAGUUCUCUCUGCGGGCACCCUUGGAUACAUGGUCACAUGAAUUUUGUUUAAUAGUUGUUUUUCUUAGAUAUUGGAGAUAUAUCACCCAAAGUCUAUAAUAAUACCAAACUGCAGAAUACAGAUGCGUGUUAUCAGUAGUAUCCCUGUUCAUUUUUUCGAAAUGUGUCUUACAUGGGAUAUUUUAUAUCUUUCUUAUAGUUUAUUUUUACUUUUUAUAGGAAAACAGUUAGCAAUAUUAUACUAAUUACUAAACAGAACAUUCAAAAUUUAAGGAAAAAAGUAUUGUAAGAAAACUGUGAAUUAUUUAAAUUAUAAUUAUUAAAAAAGAUAAAUUCAAUUUAUAUUAUUAUUAUGGUUUUAGUGGUAUAAGGGAUAUGAACAGGCAAUGGUAAUAAUAAAUGUAGAAUAGGUACCCUAUGGGAACAGUACUACUGGUACUAGUAUGUAGUACUAGUUAUGUUAAUAAUAAUUAAUAUUACUAAAACACGCAAAUAACGUGUCCUUUUGUCAACAAUAUCAUGUCAUAUUAUGAUAAAAUAAUUACAUAUGCGUUAUAAAUUUCCUUUAAUAAUAUUUUUUUAACAUUGUACCAAUUUUCCCGUUUUUCCUACGUUUUUUUCUAGUUAUUCUCAUAUUUUUUCCAUUUAUUAUAAAACCCAUCGGAAAAUUAAAAAAAUGACCUCCAUAAAGUACCACUCCAGCUAAUUUCCUUUCAGAAAAAGUGAUUGAAAAUCGGUCAAAUUCUGUCAACCCGUUAACGAGAUAUUCCACUUUUAAGUUUUACUCGGGUGAGAGUAGUGGAGCAUCAUUUGUGUGGCGCACGACGCGCGGCGAGUUAAUAAUUCACCUCUCUUUCUACCCAAACUCAAAAGUAGACUAUCUCGUAAAUGGACCAAAAUGUAUUUUAAUUAAUACGCAAUCUUUUUAUGGAACUUUUAAUAUAGAUUACCGUUUGAAAAUCUGGUGACUUAUUAAACGCAUUAUCGUGUUCAAUAAAAUUGUCAUUGUACACAAAGUGACAAAAAAUAACAUAAAUGAUAUUGCGGGCGUUUUUCCUUACUUAGGUUCAGAUCGUAGUCAGAAAUCAUGCACAGUAAUUGUAUAAGUAUAUUUAUUAGUUGAAAAAUAAUCAACCACUUUAGGAGCUUACCACUAUAGGAGCUAGAAACAAAUUCUCGUUAUUUAUUUGCCAAACCUCGUAUACCGCUGCUGGCCAACACUUUACGUUGUUACUUUUUGAGAUAAUUAAUGUGCCCACAUGAAUCGAUCACCUUGUAUUAGUUUAUAUUGUAGAAUUGUAGUUUGUGUUUGUAAUUUUCAGAAAAUGAUUAAUGUCCUAAUAAAAAUUAUUUGGUCGAUUUUAUUUUUAUUGUACUAUGGUAAAGAUUUUACGAAAACUAAAAGUAGGUACAUUAUUCUGAGUAUUUUAGAUUCGGAGCGAAACGAGGAAUGUGUUUGUUUUACAAUGAUGAUUAUUUUUUUUAUUUUCUGUGAAUACCUUUACUACUAGAAAUUUAGCUCUAAUUUCCAAGUGUCAGUUAAUUUGACUGGGAUGGUACUUUAAGGAGGUCAUAUUUUAAUUUUCACAAUAAUUUUCAUAAUAAAUAGGAAAAACCGUAUGAAAAGCAAGAAAUUAUUUAUAAUCAUAAAUAUUACGGCCUUUAAAAACAUGUAUAAUAGAACUCCGCUCAGAAUCGUUUUUCGUUCUCAUUGAUUAAUCUUUGCGUACAGGUAUGUAUUAAAUUUCUCCUCUACCUUUUCAAUUUCUAUCCUACAACAGUGGUCCACCGAUUGUGUGAAGUAUGUCCGUUUGUUUUUUAAUAAUUAAAUUAAUUUUUAUUUUAUCAGUUUAAAAAUAUAUUUUAUAAAAUGAUUUGUGAACCUCACGAGCUACCACUCGUAAUAUUUUUAAAUUUUUGUAAAUGAUACAAUUUUUGCAAAUAUUUUUUAUAAAUAUUUAAGGACCAACUGGUGAACGGGGUUCUGAUGGAUUUCCUGGAGAACCCGGUUUACCUGGUCCACCAGGACCACCCGGUGAAGCAUUGGCAUAUGAUAUGGCUGCAUUAACAGCUUUACUAACGCACGGACAGAGCAAGGUAAUAUGUGAUAUAGUAUUAUUUGAAUUCAAUUGUGUUAAUUAAGAGAUUAACAUAUAAUUGGAAUAGGGGCCAAACGAUGGCAUACAUCAAGAUCAACCGGGAGAAAUUACAGAAGCUGAAAGACACCAAUUGAUUUUAAAUGCUUAUAAAAAAUUGAAAAGUUCGUUUGAAAAGUUUAAGAAACCAAAUGGCGAAAAAGAUAAUCCUGCCAAGACGUGCAAAGAUUUAUAUGCAGCUUACCCUGAUCUUAAAAGUGGUAGGAAUAAAUUAUUAUUAAUAACAAAUAAAUAUAUCAAUCUAUAUAAAAUCAAUUUUUUUUUAGGAGAAUAUUGGAUCGAUCCCAAUGAAGGUGAUGUUCGUGAUGCAGUGUUAGUACGAUGUGAUGUGGUUACAAAAAGCACGUGUAUAAUACCUCAACCAGAUCAUAUAGGACCAAUAGAUUUUGGAAAUAGACAUUCACAGCCAGAAAUUUGGUUAUCUGAACUCGACAAUUUUACACAGGUUAUAAUUUAUAAACAACAAAUCAAUAUAAUUAAUUAAAAUGUGCAAAAUCUGGUUAUAGAUAUCGUAUAAAGCGGAUAGUAUUCAGCUCGGCUUUCUACAUCUGUUAUCAGUAUCAGCUUCACAAAACUUAACGUAUCAUUGUAAAAAUUCAGUUGGAUAUUUCGAUUCUGUAUCUAAAUCGUAUAAAAAAGGUUUAAAACUAGUUGGAUUUAAUGACGCGGACAUAACUCCCCGUGGAAAUCCCAAAUUGAGGUAUACAGCUAUUGAAGAUGAAUGCAAGGUGGGUGGAAUAUUGAGAUCCUAUUAUACUAUUAAUAUUAGUAUUAAAAUAAUGUUUAUAAUACAUUUUUGUAAACAGACUCGAAAAGAACAAUGGGGCAAAACUACAAUUACGUAUACCACUGAUCGCACAUCUCGCCUACCUAUUAUAGAUGUUGUUCUACGAGAUUUUAAUGAAGUUGGUCAAAGUUUUAGUAUACAUCUGAGUCCAGUAUGUUUUGUGUAAAUGUUUUUUUUUAUUUUUUUUUAUGUCUACAAUUUAUUUAGACGAUUUAUAAUGUAUAAUCUUUAUAAAUACAAUGUGUGACGAGUGUAUAAAUAAUAAUUAUAUAUAUAUAUAUAUAUAUUAUAUUACGUAUACAUGAAUAUGUUCGGGUUCAGGUA